UGUACGAGGAUGCUCGGUCCCGUGCUUGGCGUGUAGGGAUGGAAGUCCGCUGCGGGGGAUUACUCUUCAGCUCCAGGUUUGAUUCGGGGAAUUUGGGUCGGGUGGAGAAAGUCGAGCGAUUGGACGGAGACGACGAGACACCAAAUGGGGGCCCAACGCAGAGCGCGGACUACGAGUUCAACGUGUGGACCAAACCGGACUGUGCGGACACGGAACAUGAGAACGGGAACAGGUCGUGGUUCUAUUUCAGCGUUAGGGGCGGAGCUCCGGGGAAGCUCAUUAAGAUGAACAUCAUGAACAUGAACAAGCAGACUAAGCUGUAUGCGCAGGGGAUGGCGCCCUUCGUCCGCACCGUCCCCAUCAGAUCCCGCUGGGAGCGCGUUCGCGACCGACCCACCUUCCAGAUGUUGGACGGCCAGUUCGUCUUGUCCUUUGCACACCGGUUCCUGGAUUGCCGCGCGGCCACGACGUACUUUGCGUUCUGUUUCCCGUUUUCGUAUGAGGAGAGCCAGGAGAUGCUAGCCGGCCUGGACGACCGAUUCAGCGACUGCAGGCUCAUGUCUCCCGGCAGCGGUCCUCCAGACUCCAUCUAUUAUCACCGCGAGCCGCUCUGCCAUUCCCUGGACGCCCUCCAUGUGGACCUGCUGACCAUCAGCUCGUGUCAUGGGAUGAGCGAGGAGCGGGAGCCCCGGCUGGACAAACUCUUCCCGGACCGCUCCAUUCCACGUCCGUACCGCUUCACCGGGAAGAGGGUAUUCUUCCUGAGCAGCCGCGUCCACCCCGGGGAGACGCCAUCCAGCUUCGUGUUCAAUGGCUUCUUACAGUUCAUCCUCAGACAGGAGGACCCGCGCGCCGCCAUGCUGCGCCGCAUGUUCAUCUUCAAACUCAUCCCCAUGCUGAACCCGGACGGGGUGGUGCGGGGGCACUACAGGACGGAUACUCGGGGUGUCAAUCUUAACCGCCAGUAUCUGAACCCCGACUUUGAACUUCACCCCUCAAUCUACGGAGCGAAGUCCGUCCUCCUCUACCACCACGUCCAUAACCGGGUGCGCCCCAACAAUCCUGAUUGGAAGAAGUCCUCCGUAUCUCUGCCCUCGUCCAGCUCCACCCUCCAACCAAAAUCCUCCAACCGUUCCGUGUCACCGCCGGCGCCCGAGGACAGCUUCACCGCCAUGGAGAAGACCAACAACCUGCUGAACAGUUCCUACAUCACGCCGGGCCCCGCGCCGGACACCAGCAUCCUGCCGGGGCCCCCGGACUUUAUCAGGGAGAAGGAGGAUUGGGUCUCGGGGCCGGACCUCAAGGCGGAGGCGGCUGAGCAAGGGGACAAGCGGUGGGGCGGCGACCUGACCACCAACUCUGCACCUCCCAUCCCCCCUCAGGAGAGCGGCCUCGCCUUUUAUGUGGACUUGCAUGGCCACGCGUCUAAGAGAGGAUGCUUCAUGUACGGGAACCACUGCUCUGAGGAGAGCGAUCAGGUGAGGGGCCACGCACCCCAAACUGGAGACCUCAGAACGCGGGGCCACGCACCCCAAACUGGAGACCUCAGAAC